AUGGAAGCUCAGAGCGGAGGAGCGGACUAUGUUGUCGAAGCGGAGCAAGUGAAUGAUGCUCACUCAACUUGUUGGCAAACACAGGCCAAUGGAAAUAAGGCACGUUCGGAGGACGGAACACUUGUUGCCCUAUACAAUUGGGGACCAACAAGCGUUCUAAACUUGCAGGGGCCAACCCAUGAUCAAGUCAGUGUCUUCCCAAAGAAGUCUGACACCAACUUAUCGAUCCAGGAGAAAUUGGUGUCGAGGAGUGAGAUUCCUGUAAACUACGCUCUGAACACUAUCCGCUGCUGGGGAACCCAACCUCGAAAAUUCCCCCCGAAAAUUCGUCGUCUUCGAGCCGCCUACCUUAUGAAGCUUCAAUUCUUUGGAAAAAUUAUUUUUCUACUGAUUAUCGUAACAAACUCUGAGGGUUGGAGCUCAAAAAGGACCCAGCGGUCCAGAUUCCGGAGAACAUCAAAGGUGCUAACGACGCGAAAGACGACAGAAAAUACCGUCAUCGGGAACAAAAACGGAAAAUGCACAGGCCUGCCAAAAAUUACCAAAGCGAACAUUAAAGGGAUUCUUACAAGGUGUAGUGGAAAAACAGAAAUUGAUGGUCAAGAUUUCGAUGCAGCUGAAUCAGGAAUCAGUGAAGAGGAAACAGAAGAACUUUUCCGAGGAAAAACCACUGUUGGAUGUAAAAAAGUUAAGGAAGAGAGUUUUCCUGCACUAAUUGUUGAGAACAAUAACCGUUUGACCAAUUUUAUACUUUCUCCAAGAAUUGUCAUUCGACAUCAACAGAUCUUCAUGUCGUCAAGAAAUCUUCCUACUAUGAGAAUACGACAAAACCCAUUACUGGAAACCAUCGGACUGUUAAAAUAUGCUUUCAGAAGUUCCUCGGAAAAAUUCGAAAUCCUUGAGGAAGGCGAAUGUCAAUUUACGAAGGAAGUGGAAAGUUUUAAUGAGCUAAAGCAAUGCAGAAUUAUCACAGGAGAUUUAACGUUCUCGAAAUCCAUGGAAGCAGAUCCACCUGCACGUUUUCGUAUGUAUAAAAUCAACGGAUGUCUACGAAUAAAUGGGACAAAUAUUAAAAAUGUCGAUUUCUUGGCAAAUACUACCAGUGAUGAAGUAACCUGUAGUUCUGGUAGGCACGAAAUCCACAAUAAUAAACAACUUUGUGUAAAGAAGGAAUUGUAUAACAAUGAAAAACUACACUUCAAGAAUAAUAUGCAUCCGAGUUGUGAGAUUUCUUGCAACGCAGAGCCGCUUACAAAAGCAAAUUUGAAAAAUUUUCAAGCCUGUAGAUCAAUUCUGGGAGAUGUGGAAAUUAAAGAGUGGUCAGAUCCAGAUGGUGUUUCGGAACUCAUCGAAGUUUUCGGUAACGUGGAAGAGAUACAUGGGCAGCUGAGAUUAGUCAACACUUCAAUCAAAUCCACAUCUGAGCUGUUUCGAUCUUUACGGAUAAUCGAUAGUACUGUUUCCGGAGGUGUCGGUAUUCACAUAGAGGACAAUCCUGAACUUAACCUUAUAGAGUUGAGAUCUGUGGAGAGUAUCCAGUCAGGCAACCAAACAUCAGUUUUUAUUCGACAACCUAAAACCUUGAUAACACCUGAAACGAGUUAUCAAUUGCGUACUUCUACUUUUGGAAAGGUGGAAAUUGAAGCAGUAGUCAGACAUCCGGAGGAAGGAGGACUAGUAGUCGUGUACGUGCUUUACUUUGGUUUGCUGAUCCUUCUAAACAUAGCUAUGGCCAUACUUUUAACCUUCCUGCUUCUGAAUUUGAAGAAGGGCAAGAAAAAGCGAAAAUCAACGUUGAAGUCCAAAGCCCAGAACAGCAAGUUCCAACAACAGAGUCAUUAA